AUGCCGGCCUCAGCGGAGAUGUCCAACAAUGGCGCGUACGCUGUGCCGCAGGUGAAGACAAGCACCUCUAAAUCCUCGAAAACCGCCUUCCAUUUCACUGCCGGUCUCUUCUCGGGCCUCACCUCCUCCAUUCUCCUCCAGCCAGCCGACCUACUCAAAACCCGAGUCCAGCAAUCCAAACAAUCGCUCCUCCCAACUCUCAAGACCAUUCUCUCCUCCCAACAUCCAAUCCGCGGACUAUGGCGAGGCACCCUCCCCUCCGCUCUCCGCACAGGCUUCGGCUCGGCCCUCUAUUUCACGAGCUUAAACGCCCUCCGCCAGACCAUCGCCCAAUCCACCACCCCCCCUCGCAAACGCAUCAAUCCAGAAAUCCUCCUCCGCACUCCCCAAACUCUCGAACACCGCUAA